UCGUGAGCGCUAGAGACAAGGUUGGGACUGUUUUCGAGGGUGUGACGAUUGGAUCACGCGCGCGGCAAUCAUGGACGUGACCACGAAGGAUGUGUACAAAAAUGCCAGCGACUUCAUUGGGGGCAAGUAUCGGCUGCUGCGGAAGAUCGGCAGCGGCUCCUUCGGCGACAUCUACCUGGGCAUCAACAUCGUGAACGGCGAGGAGGUGGCCAUCAAGAUGGAGAGCAAGAGCGCGCGCCACCCGCAGCUGCUGUACGAGUACAAGCUGUACAAGGUGCUGGCCGGCGGCGUGGGCAUCCCCCACAUCCGCUACUACGGCGAGGACAGGAACCACGUGGUGCUGGUGAUGGACCUGCUGGGGCCGUCGCUCGAGGACCUGUUCAACUUCUGCAGCCGCCACUUCACCAUCAAGACCGUCCUCAUGCUCGUGGACCAGAUGAUCGGCCGCCUGGAGUACCUCCACUGCAAGAGCUUCAUCCACCGCGACAUCAAGCCCGACAACUUCCUCAUGGGCAUCGGGCGGCACUGCAACAAGCUCUUCCUCAUUGACUUCGGCCUGGCGAAGAAGUACCGCGACGUGCGCUCACGCACGCACAUCAUGUACAGAGAGGACAAGAACCUCACCGGCACGGCGCGCUACGCCUCCAUCAACGCCCAUCUGGGCAUCGAGCAGUCCCGCCGCGACGACAUGGAGUCCCUGGGCUACGUCAUGAUGUACUUCAAUCGCGGCUCACUGCCCUGGCAGGGCCUCAAGGCCACCAACAAGAAGCAGAAGUACGAGAAGAUCUCGGAGAAGAAGAUGUCAACGCCCAUCGAGGUGCUGUGCAAGGGAUGCCCAGCGGAGUUCUCCAUGUAUCUCAACUACUGUCGCAGCCUGCGCUUCGACGAGGCGCCCGACUACAUGUAUCUUAGACAACUAUUUCGAAUUUUGUUCCGCACGCUGAAUCAUCAGUACGACUACACGUUCGAUUGGACGAUGCUGAAGCAGAGAGGACUCGGACAGCCCGGCAAUGCGAUCACGCACGGCAAUCUGGAGAAUCGCGCCGACGGGCGGGAGAAGGAGAAACAGCAGGCGACAGAUCUCAAAUAAGGAAUAGGAAAAGUGGGAUGAUUCGGCGAGAGGAAUAAGUUAAAAUGCGCGAGCGAAAGAGAGAGAAAGAGAGCGUUUGGAGCCAGGCUAUCUUAAUUUUUGUUACAUUUGGAGAGCAAGAGACGAAGGAAGAAGAAAAAGAAAAUGCGAAGCUGACGAAAGAAGAAGAUGAAUAGGAAUAGAAAGAAAAUGAAGAUGAAAAAUACUUAGUGAGGGGAAAAAAAUAUCAUUUAUAGAGAGAUGUUGAAGUGAAAUAAACAUUCGCAGAUAAUAAAAAAAAACUGGAGACAAAAAAAAA